GCAGUGUGCCGCUCAAAACAAAAGCUCGGCAACAGUGAUCUCCGACGGUCGCGUGACGCGGUGUGUCUCGUGAUGAUCGCGGUUUCUUGACUCUCGAUCGCACGCACGCAAUGUGUAUGUGUGUCGAUGAGUGUGUGUGUGUGUUUGCAUAGCCAAAUUGAGCGUCAAACUCGAGGACUUGUACCUCCAACUCUCGGUGCGCCAGUUCAACUUUGAUCCAAGAGGAAUUCCUUUGCGCUUUAGGGAGUGCCCCGUGUGCGACUGUGGCAUACUUGUGUUGACAUAGCUGCGUUUUGCCUGUGCGGUGACAAACCAGAGAGAAGUGUGCAACAAGCGACUAACCCAACAAUAGUGUGAAUUGUUCCGCUUGUGGUGACAGGUAAAGUGGAUGUGGAGGAGCAAAAGCAACGCCACAACACACAAAGGCACAGUGAAAUCAUCUGCAUACCGACCACAAAAACGGAUGGCAGCAUUGGCGUGUCAGUGAUUUGCAACAUAACGGAUCUCUCGCGCUCUCUGUCUCGCCAUAUCUCGCUAUGGUGCGACCCUUGGCCGUGCAGUAGGCGACGAACGGGCCGCGGGUCUCCUGGAGAACGAACGUGAACGUGAUCGUAGUGUGCCGUUUGCUGCGUAGGAGAACCGAGUGGAAUGUGUAGUUUGAAGAAUGCAAGAGAAACGCAGCACGAUCAUGUUACACGCCGCUGGUGGCGACGACGAGCGGCGGCAGUGUUGGCAGUGAUCGUGGCCCACCAUUAAGCCACACCGUGAGCAGUGUGCAGCUGCGGUGCUGGUUCGAAAGUGACAGUGCUUUGUGGCCGUUGGAAGUAUUAGUUGGGGAUUGUGAGUAUUCAGGUUGUGUUGUGGCUGUUGUAGUUGCCGGUGAAAGCGGCCAACGCUUGACGGCGCUCUUGAAGCAAGCAAGUGGUCAGCAGCAGCACCAGCACCAUGGAGGCGGACGUACUGAACGCGCUCAACACACAAACGGCGUACAUGCCGGGCGGUCGGGAUCGGGACGGACAUCCGCUCGUGGUCAUACCGGUCCCGUUCUACGACAAUCUGCCCUGGAUGAAGGGAUUCCUCGAGACGACGGUCAAGUACCUGUUGGCAAGCUUAAGUCCCGAAACGGUCAGCAGUGGACUCGCCGUCAUUCUCGAUGCGCAAAAGUGUUCGUGGCGCUCCACCCGCCAGUACAUACGGCACGUCCAGCAGCUGUUGAGCUGUGAGCAGAUGAACAGCUUUCUCGUGAUCCGGCCCGAUGCGUUCUGGGACAAGAAUCGGGUGGAGAACUGUGCCCGCCAGCAUCGCAAGGGUGAGCCAACCAUCAUCUCAAAGUCCCGGUUGGGCAAGUACUUUGACACGAGCGAGCUACCGGAGGAGCUUGGCGGCAUCAUCGCUUAUAAUCAUGAGCAGUGGAUACAAUCCCGCGAGCGCAUCGAAGAAUUUCGAAAAUCCUACGACAAAGCGAUGGGCGACCUAGAAAACCUGCACCUCAUCCUGCUGGACAACCGGACGGUGCGGGCCAGCGAGUCGACCGCGGCCCUCAAAUCUUGCCAGCAGCUGUACGGGGAUGUGCAAAAAUUUCUCUCCCUAGUGAUGGACGGCGGCAAAAAGCUGCUGGCCCACUUGACCGAUCUGCACAGUGCCAAGUCGGCUGUACCGCAGGAUCUAACUGAUGGCAAGACGCAAGUCGAUCGGUUGCUGAACGCACUCGAUCGCAAGCAGACCGCCACCAACCAGGCCUGGACGGAGCUGGAGCGCACGGUGGAGGUGCUGCAGGAGUUGGCCACCCUGGAGGAGGGCGUUUCGCACGUGACCAGCUGGAUACUGACGACGGCCGAAUCGAUGCUGAAUGCACAACUUCGGGUCGGACAUGAUGUCGGUACGGCUGAUCAGUUGCGGCUGGAGCACGAGAUUCUGGAGCUGCAGUGCUGGCAGACGUACGGGUGUUAUGCGGAGCUGCUGCACAAGAUCGACCACUUUCCGCGACGCAAGGAUACGCCGGCUUAUCGGGAUUUGCAGUCGCAGCGCGAGUGGAUGGACUUUGUGUGUCGCAGCUUCGCCCAGCGGCUGGAGCGUCGGCGGAAUGUGCUGAUCACGUCGGUGCGGUUCUUCCGCCUGGUGGCUGAGUACUUCGAUCGCACGAGCGAGGUGUUUCAGUCGCUGAUUAUGGGUGAGCGGGUGGAGGACUACGCACUGGCCAGUGCCAAUCUGCAGAAGCUGAAUGAAAACCAACGAAUGCUUGAAAUGAUGGAGAAGGAGAUCAUCAAGGAGGGCGAAAAGCUGAGCGAUGUGUUACUCAUGCCGGUGAAGGAUGCGGUCGGGCGUGACAUCGAUGUAGACUACAGCGAAGACAUUAGCAACGUGCGCGACAUUCUUGAUGCGACCCGGUCCCGGUCGCGCAUCUUCGCCGACAGUGUCGAGCUGCAGAAGCUGACGCUCGAUCAAAUCACGCACAUCUUCAAGUACGAGCAGGACGCCCGGACCGCGGUCAAGUGGAUGAGCGAUCUGCACCAGGUGAUGCUGCGUUCGCACGCCCACGUCGGUGCAACGGUUCGGGAGAUCCAAUCGCAAAAGGAUGAACACCAGACACUGCAGGAGACGGCCAAGGGCACGUACAACUAUGGCUGCCAGCUGCUGAACGCGUCGCUCGCCCUGCGCCAGUCGUGCAAGCUCGAGACGGCCCAAAACAUUGCCAUGACCAAAGCGCUGCAGCGCACCUGGCGAUCCUUCCAGGCGGUGGCGCAGGAGCAGAUGACGCGGCUGCGCGUCUCGGCCGUCUUUCACCGGAGCGUCGAGGAGCAGUGCGUGAAGCUGCGCGAGCUGCACGAGUGCGUGCUGCGGAUCGGGGAGAUCGCGGAGCAGGGCCGCCGACGGGUCCGGCUGCGCAAGUAUCUGGCGACGCGCGAGCGGCUGCUGCUCGAGGUGGGCCGCAUGGUGCGGCUCGGCCGGCUGCUCAAGACGCGGCUGAAGGAACCGUUUCUCCUGGACGACCGGCUCGAUGCGAUGGCCAGUCCGGAGAAUAUCAUUACCGAAAGUGAUAACAUAAUGGCGUGCGAAGCGAUCUCGACCCGGCUGGCGGAGGUGGCCCAGGUUGCGGAAGCCCUGGACAGUGUGCUGAGCGAUGUGCAGGGCGGCUUUGACGACGAGGUGGAAGAGCUGACCAGUGCCGAUGCUGGACAGGAGGUGGCCGCCGGCAAACGCAGUGACAGUGGAAAUCAAAGUGAUGACUGGAGCUCGAGUGUAAAGUCAACGGAUGAUGGAUCGUUUGUGACGGCUUCGGACUGCAUCUGUACGCCCCAGUCACGGUCCUCGUCGUACCAUACCGCCUCGGAGUGUCGUGCCUCGCCGUGGUGGGGCGUGGAGUCGAUCGAGCGGCAAAGUUCGCUCGAGAACGAUUCCGCCGAAGAUCCCGACCCGGAAGCGUUCCCCUCGAUCAAGCUGCUGUCGGGCGUGGUGAUGACUUCGAGUGCGAACCUUUCGUUCGACGAGUCGGAGCACAGCUUCCCAACGCCGGCCAUUUCGCACGGUUCGGCCAGCGUGGAUUCGGACGAUACCGUGCCGACGGUGUGCUCGCCUACGAGUGCGAUCGGGACGAGCUCCGCCUCCAGUUCCGCCCUGAACUCGAUCAAUCGGCGGGAAAAUUUGGCCCUCUCGCUGACGCCGGAAGAGCUGGAGCAGAUCGAGAAUGACAUACGGAACAACAAUCUGCUCGCGUCGGUCGGCAGCGACGGCACGGUGGAGCUGGUGGGCAAGGUCCAGGAGCUCCAGAGCACGCAGGUGACGCCGACCAGCGAGGACAGCGGGAACGUGAGUACGAGUAGCGUUAAGCUGGACGCGGAGGACCCGGCCCGGUUCGAGCCGGUCAAGGGCCCGGGGGACAUUUCUGGGCUGACGUACUACUAUCAGAACAUCAUCACCAAGCAUACGGUGAAGAGUUGUCUCUGAAGUGACAAGAUGAGGAGGAGAAGGAGGAAACUAUCUGUUUUUUUUGUGUCUUUAAAACGCCAUUCCAUUUGCUUGCCAGAGAAGAGAUCCAGAGAGUGCCCCGAUGGCAACGAACCAAGAAUUAGGUAGCUUGAUAGGUGAUUCCUACGAGAGGGACGUUAGAUGUUUAGGUUGGAAGGAAGAAGGGAAGGUGUAGUAGCAUCGCUCUUAGCUUGCAUGGCCGUGUUUUUCGUGUUUGUGUGUGUCCGCAUGCUUUCGAGUGUAUGUUUUCAAUGAAGCUAGGUGUAAGUAUAGCGCAGUUUUACAAUUCUGGCUCUGUUAAGCAUGUUGAUUUUGUUCUGUUUUUUUGGCCGUGAAAUAAAAGUGUGUCGUAAAAUAA